CUUAAAGCAGUGCGAUCUGUUUCGAGAAAGCGGAAGAGACUACACACGCAGCGUAAUGUGCUGAUGCCUUCAAACAGAAGCAGUGUGUACACGCAACAGCCCGGCCUUUAGUGAUCCCGCGAGCUGCUUGUGUCUAAACGUUACAGUGGCUUUUGUUGUGAAGAACGAAGCGGCAAGUACUAUUUCUCGGGUCUGAACUCUGCUGAAAGAACGGAAAUCGUACAUCGUGUAUUUAAACGACGUACUCAAUUGCAAACAAAAUUAUCAUUGUCAUUCUAGAUGUGCGCGAACUCAUUCAUGUCAAACCAGCCAAAGAGGUUUUAUGUGAAUAAAAGAAAUGCAGACGAAGAGCAUUAAAAUAACGCUAUGAAACUAAACAAUGAGUUGAAAAAAAGACCAAGUUAAAUAAGAGCUUGAAAACAACGAUGCAAAAUUAUAAAUAAGAAGUGAAAAUAGCGAAAUGAAACUAAAAUAAUGUGGAAAUAACGAUAUGUAGAGAAAACUAGACAAAAUAACGAUAUGAAAGUAAAUAAAAAAAGUUAAAAUAACAACAAAGGCAUAUAUGUUAUGAAAAUAACGUCACGUCACUAAAUGAAUCCAAAUAGCAAUUUGAAACUCACACAGAAAAUAUCCAAAUAACGAUGUGCCGCAGCUAAAAGCAAAAAGACAAUAUAAAUCUAAAUAGAAUAUAAGAAAUACCGACAUGAAAUUUAAACACGAGAGCGAAAAUAAAAAUGGAAAAUACCGAUAUCAAACCAAACAACGGUUCAAAUACCGAUAUGAUACAAACGCAAUUUGUGAAAAUAACAUGAAAAUAAUGUAAAGUGAAUAAAAAAUAAUGAAACUAAUGCAAAUCGUUAACAUAACGGCUCGAGACUAACAGUGAAAAUAACGACAUAGGCCUCAUGUAAACAGUGAAAAUAACGAUAUGAAAUUACUUUAAACAGUGAAAAUUACUUUAAACAGUGAAAAUAACGAUAUGAAAUCCCUUUAAACAGUGACAAUAACGACGUGAAAUUACUUUAAACAGUGAAAAUAACGACGUGAAAAUAAUGACAUGACACUAAUGAACACAGUAAAAAGAACAAGAGAUUCAAUAAGCACUGAAAAUAACGACAUCAAACCAAUGUAAACAGUGAAAAUAACGACAUGAGACUAAUGUGCACGACGGGAGUGAAAACGGCGGUACCCGACGCUCGAUCAAUCACGACGUAACGCUUCGUCGCUCAAUUACCACCACUACCAUGAAGCAACCUGAAUUGAGCAACAGUGCAGUCUACACAUCAGAAAACAAUCUCCCAUCCAAAAUGAGAUGCUUGAAUGUGUUUGCUUUGAACGCAUACUCCGAAAUAACAGGAAAAUAACACUGUUGAGGCAUUGCGAAAUCAUGACGAAUUCUGAUACCCCAUCCGCCUGAAUCAUAGCUAUAUAUUUAAUAAAAAGAUCAACAGGACGAACAACCCUGUAACUUGAGGACAUCCAGAAAAGGAAAGAGGUAGGAAUGCCUAUGGCUUAACCACCACUGAGGCUAUGAAUAUGUUCAUUGGAAAAUUUAAUAUAUAAUUAUCGUGACGAAAAUAUACACAGAGGCUUUCACGAAUGUGCUAAUACACUUUCUUUUAUGGAAGUGACCUGGACUAAAAUGAAAGUCAACCCAAAGUUCAAUGUUACACACAAGACAAUACUCAUUCAAGAAAUCAGGAACAAUACCUGAAGACCAGUGGCAAGUUAAUAAUAGGCAAGACGUAAUAUUCACUGUGCAUAAAAACGCUUUCGUGUUCUUACAACGGACUAGUUCAAUUCAUUAAGGUUUGCCGUCUCCAAAAUGCGUCAAAGCGAGGUAAAGAAAACGAGAAUCGGCCAAGGAUCGACGUCCCCUCUGAGACUUCAGUUGCUGACUUCGUUGAUAUCAUCAAGAGGAAGUAGAAACGGCAAUAAUAGGGGUAGCAGUAUCAAUCUAUUAAUACUGGUACUGUUGCCUCUGCUAAUCUUACAACAAUCCACAGGAGCCGAGGGCCAAGCUACGGCAGCGAUCAGCGUGGCCGCGAUCGGGUCCAACGGCACCGCUUCGGCCGUGGAGAUCACCGGCGUCUGCAACGACCUCCUGCCCAACUGCACCCAGCGGGGCACCAACGGCGAAUGCGACUCGGACCCCGCCGACAUGCUGGUCAACUGCCCGUCAACGUGCGGGUCUUGCCUGCCCGUGUCCGAAGCUGACUGCGUGGAUAAAGGAGAUCCCGAGUCCUGCUUCCUCGGCGCGGCUCUCGGGGAGUGCACUGCCAACCCCUCAUAUUACCUGCGAUUCUGCUCUGCAUCCUGCAGUGAAUAUCUGCCCAUCUGCUCACUGCAGACGAGGGACUUCGGUGAGAUUUGUCAAGAGCAGUCACGAUCUCUAACCAAUCCUGACUUUGACUGUGGGACAGAUUUCGAAGAGAGCGCCCAGAGGGAAGCCAGAUCUGCCCCAGACCUCGUCAUACCAGGCAACAACAGAAAGAAGACGACGGUGGAGAGAAUCGGCGACAUCCUACAGAAAGCAGAAAGAAGACGCAACUCGGGGAAUUUGAAACACCAGAUUGUAAACAACGUUAGAUUUGUUACGAGGCGCAAUAACAAACACGUCUCGUCCAGAGAUACGAAGAAGAAAAAGGGGAAAAACAGAAAGAAAGGAAAGCGACACAAAAAGAAACGAGGCCACCGAAGGAAAGGAAUUCAAAUUCCCUCCUUCAUUACGGCAACCGACGCCACGAACUUGGAAACCAGCAUCAACAAGGUAACCGAAGGCGUUACAACUCAAGAAAUUCAAAAGCAGAUGUCUCUAAAAACACUGUCAACUCUGGUAUCUUCCCUGUACGGAGACCAACCCUCGGCUGUUAACAGCCUCAAGGCAACGUCAGCGUUCGCAAGGGAAGGCGCCACUUCAAAUGUCCCUACCUCGACGAAUAUCAUUGUAGAUACUUUCCCUACAGAAACGAAGACUACGGCUGUAUCUACAAAUACCAUAACUAUUACAGUAGAGGGUUCAGUUGGCACCACAUCAACGAUUACAUCUUUCAUACCAUUGUCAUCGACUGUACUCACCUUAUCAUCGUCCUUCGAAACCGUGACAGUUUGCACCGAGGACUUCACUAUCCCUGAAAACAUUCUCUCCUUACUUUCGGGAUAUGGGCCCAUCAGCACCAUUAUCUACGAACGCACGAGCUCUCUCGUCUUCCUGUCUUCAUACGUAGUCACCGCGACAAAAGGAAGGGAAGAUUUUAUCUUAUCUGCCGAUCUCGUUUCUUCAUUCAUGAUGCAGAGAGGACUUUUAUCUGAACUCAGUCCCCUAGCGAGAAAUUUUAUAAGCCCAACGGCCGUGCUCAUGCCUCCUCUUUCCCGGUUUUUAACAACUCCUCUUCCUAGAAAUGAGGUUGAUGAUAUUCCACUCGCUGGAACUAGGAAUGAGAUCUAUGAUAUUCAAGUAACUGAGCCGGAGUGGCGGAAAACUAUUACGAGCACAAUCAUUGUGGCUCACACCAUAUACACAAAAUGUGACACUCCUGUACCUGAUGAUCAACAGUGCUCAAUCAAUACCAAAGAUGAUGGAUCUUGUGAGAUCAUGCCAUCGGAAGAUGGAUACUGCUCUCUUCCCUGUGACUUCGACUGUUCAAUGGCCAUUAUAAAGAGGGACCACUGUAACAUAAACGACAACAAAUGCCCAGGUGCCACCAUUGAUUUGGACACGUGUGGGGAAAAGUGUCCCAAUCUGACCAUUCUCAUCGAUAACUGUGAAAAUGACAUUUUGAAUGACUGUCAGAGUCUCACCCUAGGAGUUGGGAACAAUACAAAUAAAGAGACAGCAUGCCCUAUUCCCACAAUUGACUUUAACAAUUGUGAAAGCACUCCUGGUAUAAACUGCUCAGUUAUAAAGGUCCUAUCCUCCACAGAUGAAAGAGAGACUUUGUCAUUUUCAGAAGAGGAUUGCUUUAGUAUUUACCUAGACGAUGACAAUACUUGUGGAACUUUAAUAACUGAAAAGGUUAAAUGCAUAGAUAUAGUUUUCGAGCAGACUUCAUGUCCAUCAGUAACGGAUAACAAUGGAGACUGCUCAGUUAUUACAUCAAAGAAAAAUAGCGUACUCUCUCUUAUUCCCGCUAUUUGUGAGAACCCUGUUACAACUCCAGCGCCUUCCUCCACACCGCCUACACCAGAAACAACACUUUCUACAUCAGAAACAACACUCACUACACCAGAAACAAAGCCUACGACACCAGAUCCCACUUCUAAGCCAACUGAGCCUCCUCCAACAACUGACCCUCCAACUCCAACCACUGAUUCUCCAAUUCCGCCAACUGAUCCCCCUCCAACUACAUCAACUGAUUCUACGCAUCCGCCAACUGAGCCUCCAACAACAACUUCAGCCACUGACCCCCCAAGUACUUCGACUACUUUUACAUCGACAGACCCUCCUGUGACGACAAUGCCACCCACCACCAUAUCACCAGACGAAACGACACAACCAGAUGAGCUUCUCACUCCAGAGACCAUUGCAGCCUUAACCAUCGCCAGUACUGUGAUAUCAAUUGUGAUGAGCCAAACAAACAUUAGCCUUUUUCAGCAACUUCUGCAACAGUUAUUUCAAGCUAUCAUUCAACAGCUUUUGCAGGCUAAUCAAAACAAUCAAAACAACAGUGACAACAACAAUAAUAAUAAUAAUAAUAAUAAUAAUGAUCAAAACAACAACAAUAAUGACAAUAAUCAAGACAAUGACACAAGUGACAAUAAUGACAGCAAUAACAACAACAACGAUAACAACAAUAAUGAUAAUAACAACAACAACAACAACAACAAUGCAAAUAACAAUAACCAAGGAAACAAUCAAGGAAGUGGUCAAGGAAAUGGUCAGGGAUCUUCUGGAUCACAAGAUGCUCAACCAGCCUCCCCUGGUGGAGGAUCGGCUCCUCCGAGUCCUUCGUCCUCUGAAAAUGCUGCAGCUGCUCUCGUCCCAAACUGUGAGGCUGAUGGGUACUUAUCACUUGUGGGUGAAUUGGAGAGCUUAGUGGGCAAAAAUACGGGGAAGCCCCUGUCCCCGGCUGCAUUCGAUUUCGUGGAAGCUGUGAACUUUUGCCAGCAUGGUGGAUCAGCUGUUCCUUCAAUGGCUGAAGACAUUCUGAUACCAGAUGCAGAAUUAGUGCCCCCACCACAAUGGCUAGGGCUGAGCUCGCCAGUCAACACUGCUUCAAGGAACAAAAGACGAACCAUAGUUGAACAGCAGCACAUACAUGGUUAUCAAUCUGCAAUAAAACCUCCUAGGUCUCCCAGUCUCUUCAAACCACCAGUCAUUGAAUAUGGAGGAUGGAUUCCAGUAACACAACAUCCCUUUAAACAAUCUGUUCAACUGAGAAAGAAGGCUGUGCUUCAGGACAAAGGGAAAACAGUUUAUCCUAGCAAGCUAGUUCGACCAAAGAGGAAGCAAGGGACCUUUAAUUCACAAUCUAAAGAAAUCGUUCUAAUCAUUGCAAACGGUCUUUAUACAGUUCCACCAGAAAUCUCAUCAACAAAGGACCUUAAGUCAAGCCUUUUUAAUGUUUCAACAGAAACUCUUACCAACGAUAUUCAACCUGCUUCUGAUACAAGCUCCUCAUUACCCUCUUUGACGGAAGUUUUGCAACCCACUCUCUCUACCACUUCUAUUUUUUCAUCAACAGAAUUUCUUCAUUCUCAACUUUACGUGCCCCCAGUCAUUACACCCGAGACAAAUUUAACAACUCAGACUCCUUCUUUACUUCAUAGUACUGAAAGCAGUUUUGAUUUAGGUACUGAAAGUAUCACUGAUGUAGCUCCCUUUACCACAGUAUCUGCUAACACUACUUCAUUACCAAUCAAUGUAACAAAUGAUGAUCGACCUCAAGGCCUUGGCCCAGCAGCAAUAGGAUUUUCUCCUGACAGUGCUGGGGAGGAAGAUGAGGAAACUGAAAAUGAGAGGAGAGAGGAGCAUUUGCAAGAGGAAGAGGGCAUAGAAGAUGAAGGAAAUGAUGAAACUGAGUUGACAAGAAACAUUUUCUACUGUGGUGGGACUCUAAUAUCUCAAAAGCACAUUCUGACCGCUGCACACUGUGUUAUACCUAGAAAGCCAAAUGUGAUUCGACUUGGGGAGAGAGACUUCAGUACAAGUAAUGAAAGUCGCACAGUUGACUACAGAGUGAAGCGAAUUGCAGUCAAUCCUGGAUAUCGGUUUCCCAUUAAAUACAACGAUAUAGCUGUUAUAACACUUGAAGACGAUAUACCACUAAACUCAGGACUUGUACCUAGCUGUGUUCCAACGUCCGAGUUGGAAUUGUUUGAAGGACUGGUCGCCACUGUUUCAGGCUGGGGCACACGUGCAAAUAACGAAGCAUCUGACAUUCUGAUUGAUGUAGAAGUUAGGGUACGGUCGCUACUGCAGUGCAAUGAAUCCUAUAACACACUUGGAGAAGUAUUCACUUUACAUUACCCAGACGGCCUUAUUUCCAACAUGUUAUGUGCUGGAGGAGACGAAGGAGAGGAUGUAUGUAGGGGUGAUUCUGGUGGGCCCCUGUUUCUGCAAGAACUUUUACAAGUUGCAGGAGUGGUGAGUGCUGGGUAUGGCUGUGGUGAUGUAAAUUUUCCUGGACUGUAUACAAGAGUGGAUAGCUUCCUUGCAUGGAUUGAUCUGGCAGUGUACGGUAAAUGUGCUUCACCCAUUAGGUAAAACUAAUUUCCAGUGAAUAUCAAUAAGAACUUUGAAAAAUUAUUUGAUUUCAACAUCUUUAUAUGAGAGAAAAAAUAUAUAAAUAUGUACUGUAAAUUUUACAUGGAUGAACUUGUGAUUUUAAACGAAUCUUUUAGUAUAGAAACAAAACAUAAGAAACAGUUCUAUAACAAUAGGUACUCUUCAUCUUAAAUACUUUCCUUACAACUGUGUUGUCCACUGGACAGAAUUAAGAAUGGAGGUAUGUACAUAAUGUUUUAUUAUAAAUCAAGUCGCUAAUAGAUUUCAAACUCCCUGCUUAUCUUUUAUAUUAAUUCAUAUGGCAAAUUAGUAAUUUUCAGGAACGAGAAAAGUAAAAGAACCAAAGCUUAUAUAUGCAAUUGAGUACUGAAACUUUGGAACGGGUGAAACCAAGAACUGCAUAGCGUGACAUAUUUCAAUAUUGUAUAAUUUAAGGAGUGAGUGUAAGGCACUAGUUCAGCUAAGAGUCAUGUGUUUGCAUUGGAUGGUUCAAAUGAUGUGUUAAUUAUAAAUGCAAGUUUAUUUGAGAGUAACUCCUCUCAAAAUAGAUUGCUUCACUGUGGAAGCUUAGCAUUGUGUAUAAUAUAUAACUCCUAUGGAGUUUAUUUUAAGAUAAAAGACAUACAAAUAAUAUACUUUAGUGAUUGAAUAAUCAUCUGCUUGAAUUUCACCUCAUUCUUUCAGCCAAAUAAACUGCAACUGUGAUAUUUUUAAGCACUUCAUAUACAGUUACUAUUCUAAAUUUCUGGGAUACAUUUUGAUUGAAAACAAUCUACAUAUUGUACUGUAGAUUUGUCAAUGACUACAGUACUCAGAUGCCAUUACGUAUCUACAACUUUUCUCAAAUUUUUUAGCAAGAGAAUAUAAUUACAUUACUACUAUUGUGUGUAGUGACCUAUUAGUAAUGUUGAACAAACUGUAUUGUAAAAUAAGCCUAAUUUUCCUUUAACCAUGCUUUCUUGUAGUAUUUUGUAUUUAAGCAUCUUUUGUCUUUAACCAGGUAUGAUACUACAGUCAUCUGCAAUUCAUAAAACAUUCUUCAAUCCUCAUUAUUAUGUAAGAUGAAUAAAGAUUUUUGCAUACCCUA